AGGAAAUCUUGGAAAGAAUAGUCUCUGCCGUGAAAGAUGCGUGAUCAUAUGUUUGUAUGCGCCAUGGAUCUUUUUUCAAUGGACGACAAACUACCAUUUGAGUUGCGCGCGCUUCCUUAUGAUUUGAACAGCGUAAUGCAUUUCGGUGAAAGAGAAUUUAGUAAGAAUGGACACAGGACUAUCAUUAUUUUGGAUCACAAAGUACAACAAAAAAGAGAGGGACUCUCUGAUCUAGACUUGCGGAAAAUAGACAUUGUCUAUGGCCCUGAGUGCAGGAAAAGAGAUCGUCUAGAGAAGAUCGAUCUAUGUCAAGGUUUCCCCGGUGUAGCUAGAAGGAAGAGAGAAGUAGGAGAUUUUGUAAGAGAAAAAAGAAAUGUAGACGAGCCAGUCACACAGAAAGAAGAGGUGAAACCUACUGAAGUUAAGAGUUUAAGAGUUAAUCCCGAUAUAACAGCUCCACCUGAACUUGCAGAUAAUAGUACGAAUGAUGCAGAGGAGGAAUUCAUGAGAUUAUUAGAAGAUUUGGGUAUUAAAGAUGGCGUUGACGAAGUAACAUCUUUCGUUUACAAGUUAGGUGCUCAAGCGUUGAAUAAAACGAGAAUCAAGUAUUGUAACGUAACUAACGUUACUAAAGAUGAAAUAAAACUUGUUAGACGUUCUGCCGAAAGGAGGCCUGAUAUAUUUGGCGUUGUUGAAACCAUCGCAGAGUAUGUGAAAGAUAUGGUCGAUCAUGCUCUGAGUAAUAUAACAGCAUUUUGCGAAGCGGUGGACGAUUUUAAAUCAUAUCAAAGACAGAGAUGCAGCUAUUACAGUGGUGGAGCUAAUAGAUGUCCAGUUUUCUAUAGAUCAACCAAAACCGGACCUCUUUUCCAUUCUACCAAACACAGACCUAUAAUUCCACAAUCAACCAAACACGCAGGUAGUUAUCAUAGACCUAUAUUGUAUCACCAAGGUAGAAGAACUGAUGAUACUCCUGAAAAUCCUGACGAUGGUGAAAGAAAAAAAAGAGAUGUAGGUAAUAAAGAAGAAUUGGGAGGUGAGAGUGAGAGGAAGAAGAGAGAAGCGCAAGAGUUUAUCGGGCGAAGGUAUAACGUUCGGAAGGAAACCGAAAUGAAGUGGGACGAGUCCGUAAUCACCAUGGAGAAGACGGAGAGACCUAAAAAGAAGGUUCUAGAAGGGCAUAGAAAUAAACGUAAAGAUAACAGGAAAAGGUAUGAUCUCUUUUACAUUUAUACUUGUAUAAAUGACCUGACUGACCUCAGACGGCGUUUGGACGCCGUCAACGGCAUCCUGAAGGCUCGCACGUGUGUGACCCUGGAGGAGAUCACGGAGCAGGACGCCGAGAGGUUUGAGGACUAUCUGGUGCUGGAUGGCAGCGCUGAUUAUAUUACUGGCAGGGUCGGCGGGAGGCAGGUGGGUUUGGAUUGA